AUGGAGUUUGGUGUACGUGAGGAUGUGGGUGGCAGAAUUUUGGAUCAAUGGAUCUCGGAUAGUGGAGCUAAGGAGACCGGUGCAUUGACUGAACCAGUUGUUAAACAAAAAGUGUCUGCAGUCUUGGGCAAAAAUGUAACCUUGCAGUGUUUGGUUACUGUGAAAGAAACUGUAACUCAGAUGACCUGGGAGAAGGAAGAAAGUGGAAGCACAGAAACUGUUGCAGUGUUUAAUCCCGAAUAUGGAAUCUCAAUCAUAGGGAGUUAUAUUAGAAGAGUUCAUUUCACAAACCCAUCUUUAAUGGAUGCUACUAUUUUAAUCACUGAUGUUGGAUUUUCCGAUUCUGGAAGCUAUGUCUGCAAGGUGGCUACUUUUCCCUUGGGAAAUUACCAAGGAACUACCACUGUGACUGUGAUUGUUGAGCCAACAAUAACUGUGACGGGGGGCCCUGACCCACUGGUGGAUGGUGCUAAUGAGACAGUUGCAGCAGUGUGCACAGCAGCCAAUGGAAAGCCUGAAGCGGUGGUUUCUUGGGAAACUAAUCUCAUUGGAGAACAGGAGCAGACGAAGAUCACUGCUGCAAACAAAACUGUUACCGUUAUUAAUAAGUUCAAGAUCAUUCCAUCACGAUUUGUGAGAAAGAGACCAAUAACAUGUGUCAUAAAGCAUCCAACAUUGAACAGUUCUGCUCGAAUACAGCACAUCUUGGACGUUCAAUAUGCACCUGAGGUUACCGUGAUGGGAUAUGAUGGCAACUGGUUUGUGGGUCGAGUGAAUGUGCAGCUCAGAUGUAAAGCUGAUGCAAAUCCAUCACCUCAUACUUACAUAUGGAGUAGGUUGGACCAUCAGUUACCAGAGGACUUGCUGAUUGAAAAUGACACUCUGACUUUCAGUCGACCACUCACACAUAAUGAUUCUGGCAUUUAUGUCUGUGAGGUAGUGAAUGUCCAUGGACUUAGAAAAAGACAAAAAGUUGUCCAGAUAAGAGAUCCUCCUACUACAACCCCACUGUCAACAACUGCACCACCAAGUUACUCGACAGGUGGUAUCACAAGUGUGUCUGUUUUACCUCGAAUACUCCCAGUAGCUCCGUCGACCUUGGCAUCUAUGAAAAGUGAACACUUAGGAACCAUCAUUGGAGGUGUGGUUGGCGGCACCCUGUUUCUCGUGCUUGCAGUCAUCAUUAUUGCAAUGUUUUUCCUGAGACGUCGACGUACUUUCCGAGGGGACUACUACACAAAGCAGUACACUGGAACUAUAGAUAUACAGAAGGACUCUCAGAUGGAUGUAUUGGCAUCAAAUCGAAUUGAGCCGUACACUGAUUAUGAAAAGAGCGAACGGAAGCUCGAACCAAACAACUUAUUCCAAGAUUAUCCCAAAGAGGUACACAAAAUUGAGUGGCGAAAUGAAGACAAUAUAAAUAACAGGUACAUGGAAGGAAUGGAAAUGCCAGUCGAUUAUUAUGAAGAUAGAAAAAUUCCCACUGUACCUCAGUAUCUGAAUGAUGACUACUACGAUGAAAAUGAAGAUGACUUGGUUUCACACCUAGAUGGAUCUGUCAUUUCCCGUCGGGAGUGGUAUGUCUAGUGGUAAUCGGUGAAUAUUCGUGAAGUUUGGAAGGAACUGCAAUCCAGCUGACAAUACCAGGGUUCCUUCUCUUGUGCUUUGUCUUUUUCAAAAUGUUUUGGUGCGUGUACCAGUUUAAUGGGUCCUGUUUUCCUAAUGGAGACUAGAAGGUGCCAUUGUGAAAAUGGAAGAUGUGAUUUUUGUACUAGAUUUUCAGCCACCAUAAAUAUUUCUCAUUCACCUACAGAAUUCUGAAAAUGAAAAAAACGCAAGGUUUUGAAGCUUACCUGAAAGUACUUACUGUAAAUGUUUCUUUUUUAAUUCUUCAGGAGUGAAAUGUAGGAAGUAGAAAAGAGCAGUCUGUCUGCCCAUUCCCUUCUGAUGAUACUUUCACCCCUAGUUUAGCUCCAGAGUUUUCUACAAUGCUGCCGUGGAGCUUGGUUUAUUUUUACUUUUUGCUGUUUAGAAACCAAAUGGAAUUCCACUGCAGUGUAUCUAGCCAGGGCUGACUCAAUAAGAACCUGAAUUGGGACUUUUAAAAUUGCAUUAUAAAAGUUUCAUUUUUUACACAAUUUAAUUCCAUCAAAGUAUACAUUCUUCCUCCUACUGUUUCUUUUCUUUAAUAUUGGGAACUUUUGUCAGGAAAAUACCAACGUGUUUGGACUCUUGUCGGUAUGGCAAAAUAUACUUCUGAGCAUCUGCUGUCUGAUGGAAUAAAACGUUCUGAAGAAAUUAUUAGAUGUGUGCACAGUGUUACAAAGUGAGGAGUCAAUCCCAGACCAGAUUUGAAAUCCAAUUCUGGCCUGUAAGUCCCAAACUCCACUAAACAUUAAACUUUUUAUUUUUUUCCUUUGAUAUUGAAACUGUGUUCAGGAGAUUAAAACAGCUGUGUAUUUUGAGAUGUGAAUGUGUAAUACAGUGUGCAAAUUUGAGGUCAGCCUAUGUUGAUGACCAAAAACUGAUUGUUUAAUUGAUAAUUUGGUGCAUUUAUCUUCUCAUCCAAAAAAAAUGUUCAUGUUUCUAGAGCUUCCAUAUGCAAGCCCCAACUUUCCCUUUUCUUUGGAAAGCACUUUGGUUUUGCUGUGGUGGUUGUUAUCACUUGUUCCUGGACAUGUAUUGAGUUUGCAUUUUCUCACGGGCAUGUAUAAAAACAUUGCAGCACACCUCGUAGAUUGUGUAUAUGGUACAGAUAAGAUGGUGAAGACUUUGGAAAAAAAUUAAAGCUUUGCAUCGAUGUGUAUAUAUAAAUACAAGAGAUUUACUGUACAGUAAUUUUUGUACAUUUGUUUUAUAAAGUUAGUACAACGUUGAUUUGAUGUGCUGUUUGCUAAAAGUAUAAAUAUACAGUUUGCUGGAAA